AUUUAUGACAGCUCUCGGGGAAAAUAGUGGUGUUUACGUGUACUUUAAAUUUUGUAGUAAAGAAUAGAAGAAAUCUAGCCCCUUUUUUCCACUCAGUCCAAUCUAGAACUUCCACCCCGUGUGUAGAGCAAACAACUUCUCCCUGCGCGCGCGUGUGUGUGUGUGCCACGCACUGGUCGGACGUGUUUGAUGGGAGCAAGCUCCGGCACCGCGGAACAAUCCACCGAACGAAAGCGAAUGAACUGGCUGCUGGUGCAACUGGGCGAACAAGGGUGAACACAGUUUUCGAGGCCGAUCGCAGGACUGUGCAGCUGUAGACCGGGCGGGGCGAGUUGUGAGGACGCAGCGCACAGCCGUCGUCGUCGUCGUCGUCGUCGUGGUAGACACGGCAGUUCCGCACACCGUGUUCCACCGGGGAAAGAUCCGGUAGGCAAGAUUAACAUAUUCUUCGAAACAAUCAGCCAGCUGGCUGAACAUUGCGUCAAGAUGCGUACUCUCGGGCUGUCCGUGAUCAGCAUGCUGCUGACCGGGCUGGUAAUUGGCAAUGCGUACUACCAGAAGAAACAGUUCUACCCGUCCGUUGUGUACAUCACGAAAUCGAACCCGAGCAUGGCUGUCAUAUACAUACAGUCGCUCGUGCUGGUGUUGAUGUUGGGCAAGCUGAUGAAGAAAAUCUUCCUCGGCACGCUACGUGCGGCCGAGUUCGAGCAUCUGAUGGAGCGGUUCUGGUACGCGCUGACGGAAACCUGCCUGGCGUUUACCGUGUUUCGGGACGAUUUCAAUCCAAAGUUUGUGGCACUGUUUACGGUGCUGCUGUUUCUGAAAUCCUUCCACUGGCUGGCGGAAGACCGCGUCGAUUAUAUGGAACGCAGCCCCGUAAUUGGAUGGUUGUUCCACGUGCGGGUAGCCGGGCUUCUGCUCUGUUUGGGUCUGUUCGAUUACGAGCUAAUAUCGUACGCCUACCAGUCCACCAUUGCCAAGGGCGUGACGGUGCAGCUUGUGUUCGGGUUCGAGUACGCGAUCCUAAUGACGAUGGUCAUUAACACGGCCAUAAAGUACAUCUUCCACGCAGCCGAACUACGCUCCGACACGCCGUGGGAGAACAAGGCAGUGUUUCUGCUGUACACCGAACUCAUCAUUGGCUUCACGCGUGUCGUACUGUACGUGGUGUUUGUUAUUUUGAUGGUCAAAAUAUUCACCCUGCCAAUGUUUGCCUUCCGGCCGAUGUACUACACAAUGCGAAACUUUAAGAAGGCUUUGAACGACGUAAUUCUCUCGAGGCGCGCUAUCCGCAACAUGAACACGCUCUACCCGGACGCAACGCCCGAGGAGCUGCAAAUGUCCGACAACAUUUGCAUCAUCUGUCGCGAGGACAUGGUGAGCAGCUCGAAGAAGUUGCCGUGUGGUCACAUUUUCCACACGGCCUGCCUGCGCUCCUGGUUCCAGCGGCAGCAGACGUGCCCGACCUGCCGGCUGAACAUUCUGCGCACACCGAUCACAGCGGCCACCGCUCCCGCCAAUCCGGUGCCAAACAACAAUGGAAACGAUGCGAAUGCUGGCGCUGGUGGUGCCGCCGGUAACGACACAAGCCGACCGACCAUGGCGGCCGCGACUGGUGGUGCGGGUGGUGUUGGUGGUGUUAGCGGCAGUGGUGGUGUUGUGUCAUCCGGAGCCACGUUGCCUAAUGGACUUACAGCGACAGGAACGAGUGCGCUUCCGCUGUUCCCACCGGCACCGAUGCUUCUGCCCCCGUUUCCGUUUGUCGGUAUGCCGCCGUACUCGAUGCCCUUGCCACCGGUACCUCCCGCGCUGGACACCCUCUCGGACGAGGAGGUGCGUGCGAUGGAAGGCAGCGAAAGGCGCCACAUCGAGGAGCGUAUCAAGCAUCUGCAGAACAUACGCACCCUGCUCGAUGCGUCCGUCGCACUGAUGAACCAGUACGCAGCCAUAACGGCCCGCCUACCACCGGAAGCGGUGGCCCAUUUGCAGCAGCAACCAACGCAACCAACCGUCUCGAUGGUCAAUCCUGCUAAUGCUACUGGCAGCAGUAGCAGUACCACGAGCACUGAUAUCACGACAUCACCGGCAGCAACAUUGGCCACCGCCACGGUAACGGAACCAGCCAGGAUGGUUGCGGAGGGCGCCGCAAGCAGUGUGGCACCCGAAAGCAGCAGUAAUAAACCUAGCAGUAGUAAGGUUAGUGAUAGUGAAGCCAAUAGAGUAAGCAGCAGCAGCAGCAGCAGUAGUGCGGCGGUGUUGAGUCAACCGAAGCUAGAAGAUCUCGGACCGCUCAGCAGCGAUGAGGACGAUCCAGGGACGGCGAAGCACAGGAAGGAACCAUUGCCGAGCGAUAGCAAGGUUUUGCUGAUCACGCCCGAUCAGAUGCAGGAAGCAGCGGCAGCCGCUACCACUUCCGCAAGGCUGGCCGAGAACGGGGUAGGCGGCGCACUGAAGCGGCCCGAAAGUGCCGCCAUGAGCGAGCUGCGUCGUCGGCGUUUAGAGAAGUUUGCCACCACGAGCACCGCGGACGGCAGUCAGCAGGAGCAGCAGCAGCAGCAGCAGCAGUAGGAAGAAGGUGAGUAGUAGUAGCAAGGCGGAGUUGUUAUAUGCUAUUUUUUGUUCUAAAUCCUGUGGAGGGUAAGAUGUGCAAGUGGACUGGCGUGGAGUGUGUCUUCCAAUGCCAAAACCGAACGGGAACGAAUGCGGACCUUUGCUCACCUUUGCUCUUGAGUCAGCUUAGUCGAUGGGCUUUUUUAAAUUUGCGGGCAUGUGCAAAACGCAAGCACCUUUCUGCUGUGGCCUGGAGCCCGCAGGAAGUUGUGCAUCUUGGACGUUUUUUGACUAAACAAUACAUUUAUCGUUCGUAAUGAUGAUGCUGUGGUGGGGCCGCGUGUAAUGAUCCCUCUAUAGCUCGCUUGCUUUCUGUUUGUUGUUUGCCUGUUACAUUUAUUUGUGCUUUUGUGUGUACGAUUUAGUAAAAUAUUGCAUUUGUUCUCCUGUUUUCCGUCGCCCGUUUGCCGGUUUGUUCUGUGUACGCUGCAGUGCAGCCGAACAACGCGGCAGAAGCGCGUGUGGGGAGGAACGGCCGGUGCAACCUUCAUUCCAUUCCCUUUUCUCCCCGUUCCCUUGUUAUGUAUGGCCUCCUUUUAAGACCAAAAAGAAGAAGGAAAAAAAGAGCGUCAAAGUCACUAACGUGUUUGUGAAGAGAAGCCCAUUUUGCUAACACACACACACACACUGAAUCAACGUUUAGGAUGUACGAAACGUAACAAAAGUGUUGGAGAACUUACCUUUAAAGGCAGAAUAUAUAAACUAUGGAUGUAGACAGAAUAGAAACAAAUUGGUGUGUUCGCAGUGAGACACACACACAAAGAAAAGGUGAUUACGGAAACGGAAGUAGUAGUAGGACGGUGCGCGAAGAAAGGUAUAUAAAAAUUGCAUAUAAAGCUGUACUCUGUAAGUAAAGAGAGAUAAACAGGUGUAUAAAAUCGGUCCACUUGCAAAACAAGGAAGACAAACACAAUCAUCAGCUUUGCAGUUUCUGUUUCUGUAAAAGCGACCACUGUUAGAUAGAUAGGCGACCAGGAAAGAUCCGUCUCAGGAUCCACCGAGGACCGAAGACCGAGCGUUUGAACGCUGCAUCUAGUGGGGAGCGACUAUCGGAUAAUGAGACGGCGCCGACCCGCGAUCCCGAAAUGAGUCUGGGAAUGGGGACGUUUCUUCGACGAAAACGGUGUAAUUGUAAAUAGUGCUAUCAUAUUGUACUGUGGAAUAAUAAAAUAAUAAAGGCAAAGCAACAUAUAAAAAACUAA